GUAGACUGUGAUGUUAUGAGUGGGCGAGUGUCCCGUAGCAAAAUGGCGUGCGUAAGACAUCUAGCGUUCAUGUAUAUAUCUAUGCUAGCGGCUACGUCCACUCGGUGACAGCUGCAGCAGUUCGCCUCGUUUAGUUUCGUAGCAUUUGUGAUUUUCUUCCCUCUUUUUUGCUCAUAUCUUUUUUAUUUUUGCUCAUGUGACGUUUGACUAAAACUUACGUUGGUAAAAUUCCUGGUGAAACAUGCCACGUUACAGCCACGUUGUAACGCUGAAUAACAACGUGGCGUAAAGGUAACUUAAAGCGACAACAACAGCACAACAACAGUGGUAAUUCCCUUGAGUUUGCCUUCACCAGCAUGUCUUCCCUGGAGUGGGCUGAAUGUCAGCUUGCAGAGAUAGAGCUGCUGACCAGCAUGUUUCCCACCCAGGACGAGCUGGAGAUCACAGACCAGCUGGCUUUAGCUGAGCUCCGGGACUAUGUGGAGGGUUCAGGCUCUGCAGACAGUCCUCCUGCCUCCAGACCACAGUUUCUCAUCAAGCAGAAGCUAGACACUGCAAGCAUGGAGAGGGUAACCAUGGUUGAUAACUAUCCUUUCAAUUUGCUUUGAGCUUGUCCUGAAACUUCAUAAUUAUUUCCUUUAUUUCUCCAGACAGAUGUGAUUCUGUCCUGUGCAUAUCCAUCUGAGUACCCCAGUGUGUUACCAGAGAUCACAGUCAGGUAAGUCACACUCAAAGUUUGAUGUUGGAGCCAGACUAGGACUGAAAACCUUACAUGGUUUUUGCUAAAAGGUUACAAAAAGGGUUGGUCAAUUUUCUGGAAUCUGCAAAUCUCAGUGUUAAUUGAGUGACUCCUGAGGUUACUCUGUCUACUACAACAUCAAAAUGGAAAUCGAAGGUAAAGCAAAUUUAGCCCUGUAAUAGGGGAGACCGGGGCUUGUUUUCACAUGGGUAAGUUGUCACAUUGCAAUUAUCUUUGCCACCAGGGUGUGCAACUAAAAAGUGGAAUACUAGUUUUCUUCCCUUACACGGUCAGGAUUCGUGUCCUGUCUGAAAGUAGAAGAGCACAUAGUGAGCUGAGAUGAGCGCUGAUUAGCCAUUUCGCACAACCCAAAGUUAAAAAAAAAUAACUUUAUAUAUUUUAAAAAAGCUUCUUCCAGAUAAAAAUCCGAGCAGUGACACAUGUGGACUUGUUGGAGGAGAGAUUAAGGCAUCCUGUCAUACCUCAGUCAUUAGUUUGUUUUAACAUGGUAGUUUGGGGCAACGUGUCUCAGUCAUUUUGGGGUUAGUUGUCACAUGUUUAAAAGGGAUUAAAAUUAACAUAGAGAGUCUGAUUAUCAGCAGUUUUUCAUAAUGAAAUUUUGAUUUUAUUUUUACAGAAAAAAGAGUGGUUUGAAGGAGAGGAGAACACGAGAAGACAUGGUCAGGAAUUACAAAAGAAAAACAGAACAUGUCAGUGCAGUACCUGACGUGAUGCUGAGGGCAGUCAGCCAGGUGACCCGAGCUAAUAAAUCAAUCUGGAGGACAAUAAAGGACUUUAAUGUCAACUACAGAAAAACAAAUAACAUAAAUACAGAGUCAGACAGCUCUCCAAACUCCAGAGCAUGUUGUAUUAUAUUUUACGUAAACGUUUAUUCAGACUUUUUUUCAAGCUCAACGAUAAACAUUUUCUGUGCCUGACUUUGAUUUUCACUUUAAUGUAAAAAAAUAAGAACAACAAUAAUCCACUGUGACAUCUUACCCCAUGUAGUGAGACAACUUACCUGAUGGUGGGGCAACAUGUCACAUGUUCACACUCUCUGUUUGAUUGUUUAUAACUCUGCUCUGACACAAGAUAUAAAAAUGACAUGAAUACAAAAUAUAUACCUGAGACUUUGGGCUUUCCUCUGGUACACAUUUUGUUUACAUAUGAUGUAUUGAUUCCAAGUAAUAUAUAAGAGUGUAAAAAGUGUGACUACAAGCCCCGGUCUCCCCUAUACUUUUGACUAUUGAUAAGUACGUCUGUCAACCUCUUGCAGAUCAAUUACAGUCAGUGUCCUUUGUCAAAUUGAAAAUGGGCACUUUCAGGAUUUUUAUCAAAAGUGUUGCUCCAAAGAUCAGAAAGUUUCAGUUUAGGAAGUCUUGAAUCUUCUCCGAAUGCUUCUUUAAUCAUAUUUUAUUCCUGCCCCAGGUGCUCCGAUCUCAGCAGAGCUCAGCAGACACAACUCCACGUGGAUCUCAACACGUACCUCUCGGAAAACUGCCAGGGGGAAGUAUGUGUGCUCUCGGCUGUGGACUGGGUAAAAGACAACCUGCAGCUUUUUAUGAAUAAGAGUUUAUCGGCAGCACCUACUUGUAAAAAAGAGACUGCCUCUUCACAGUCAGAGGAGGUGUUCAGUCGGCUGUGGAUUUACAGCCAUCACAUCUACAACAAGACCAAGAGAAAGAACAUCCUGGAGUGGUCCAAAGAGCUGGGUCUUUCGGGAUUCAGCAUGCCCGGGAAACCCGGCAUUGUGUGCGUGGAAGGUCCUCAGUGUGCCUGUGAGGAGUUCUGGUCGAGGUAACUUGAAUUUCGUUAUUUUUAGAAGCUGACGUCACAGCCAGAAGCCCGCUGAAGUGCCAGCUUUAUUAUUUUGAAAACUUUUUCCCAUUUCACAGAGUGAAGGUUCUGACAUGGAAGAAGAUCAUGAUUCGACAUAGAGAGGACAUUCGCCUUGAUCUCCCAGGCGAGGACAGCAGGACUGUUCAGAGUAUAGACUCCCUGCGUAAAUUCACAGGCUUUGAAGAGGCGAUGUUUGACCCCCAUGGGAACAGAGGUAAUCACAUGGACCUCGGACAGCUGUACCAGUUUUUAAACGAGAAAGGCUGUUGUGACGUCUUUCAGAUAUAUUUUGGCAUUGAAGGGAGGUAAUUGACUGAACAAAUUAAUGUUUUUUUUUUAACUCAUGCCUUGUCAUUGAAGCCCAUUUCUCUGAUAUAAGCUUUAACUUAAAUUGAAAAGCAUUCAUUACAGCUUAAGAGGAUUUUUGUGUUUCACAUGAAGAGAUGGAGAGUAUAGAGUCAGCUGUGCUUGUUAAAUAAAUCACCUCUCAAUGGAUGCUGUUGGAGGACUUCAUUUGGAUAAAGGCAGAAAGAACAAGACAAACAGAGAUCUCACUCUCUUUAGCUGAUAGGAAACAUUUUUAAAGAUUCAUUUAGAGAUGUUUUUCUCCGAGACUUUAUCAAGGACCAUGAUUAUAUUUGCAAUUUCAAUACGGCUGCAUUCACAGCAGAUCGCACCUCGCUCAAGGUGUUUCUUUCCUCAAAUGACACCAUUGUGAAAUCCUACAAGGCUUUUAGAGGAUUUUCAGAUUGGAGUCUAUGUGAGUAAUUGCACAGCAGAGUCAACAAUACGACGAGUAUCUGUUUAUGAAAUCUGUUGAUUUUCCUCCUUUGCAUAAAAGAUGACAGAUAAAACAACCACAGAAAGUCCAUUUUGUGUAAUUAGGGAUAAUACUUCAGUGAUUCAAACAAGAUCCUAUUUUCUAUACAGUCUUACUUUCAGUCUCCUUGAAGGUGCCGUGUGUUGCAUUUAGCAGCAUUUAAGCAGAAUAGAGUCAGUUGAAAUGGAAAAUGAUAUUCAUAAGUAUGUUUAAAUGAGUGUAUCAUGACCUAAAUAUAAAAAAAAACGGUUUUAUUUAAUGAGUGCCAGUGGAAAAUAAACCACAAGAAGAAGAUGUUGCACAAAAGUAUUUGUAUUGAUAGAAGGUUUUGAUCUCUCCUUGAUAAAUGAAGGUCGCCGUUGAGAGGGGUGAGCAAGGGGGCGUUUUAAAAUGACUAAAUAUUCUGAUUUCUAUACUGUGUACUUUCAAAAUGAAGAGGAAAAUUCGAAAAAUAAAAACGUUUGGAAAGUUU